AUGAUGAGAACUAGAGAGACAGCAAUUAGUCUUUUGAUUCUUGCUUUGUUCCUCCUUAAUGUCUCUGCCUAUUUAUCUCUUCCCUUUCAUCUUCCAACCAAUAAUGAAACCUUUGGCCUUGAAUCAUACCCACAAGGACGAUGUGGAAGACAAGCUGGUGGUACAAAAUGUCCUACUGGAGCAUGUUGUAGUAUAUCUGGUUGGUGUGGAACCACAUCAGACUAUUGUACUCCUAGAAAGUGUCAAAGUCAAUGUGUUUUUCCACCCCCACCAUCAUAUCCAGAAGGACGAUGCGGAGAACAAACUUCUUUUAAAAGAUCAUGUCCUUCUGGACAGUGUUGCAGUAUAGCUGGUUGGUGUGGAAGCACAGGAGCCUAUUGUAAUCCUGGUUGGUGUCAAAGUCAGUGCAAAACUAUAACCUCGCCCACCAAGAAUCGCAUGAGAGGCAUUGAAAGCUUCCUGCUCAAUGCUCUCUAG